UUGUGGCGUGUGUGUGUCUCCUUCUCUCUCGCCCCUCUCCUCUCUUUCUCCACCUCCUCCCCAACUCACUGGAUAUUACCCAGCCGCCGGGAUCGCUGCUGCUGCUGCUGUUCCUGCUGUUGAGCCUCCUUCUCCCCAAGCCUAGCCAUGAACCCGGCCGAGGGGGCAGCGGAGGAAGGGGCAGUUCCCGAUUCCGAGGUGGAUGCCUUUUUCCGAACAGGAUCUUUCCGAAACGAUGGCUUAAAAGCUGCUGAUGUCCUUCCCAUACUAAAGGAAAAAGUGGCCUUUGUGUCAGGUGGCCGUGAUAAACGAGGAGGUCCUAUCCUGACAUUUCCGGCACGCAGCAAUCAUGACAGAAUAAGGCAGGAAGACCUUCGGAAACUUGUGACUUACUUGGCUAGCGUACCGAGUGAAGAUGUCUGCAAACGAGGGUUCACUGUCAUCAUUGAUAUGAGGGGGUCUAAGUGGGACCUGAUAAAGCCUCUCUUGAAGACCCUUCAGGAGGCCUUCCCUGCGGAAAUUCAUGUUGCCCUGAUAAUCAAGCCUGAUAACUUCUGGCAGAAGCAGAAAACAAAUUUUGGAAGUUCAAAAUUUAUCUUCGAGACAAGCAUGGUCUCUGUUGAAGGCCUAGCAAAACUGGUGGAUCCCUCCCAACUAACAGAAGAGUUUGAAGGAUCCUUGGAUUACAAUCAUGAUGAAUGGAUAGAGUUGAGAGUCUCCUUGGAAGAGUUUUUCAACAGUGCCAUCCAUUUGUUAUCCAGACUAGAGGACCUUCAGGAAAUGUUAGCUAGGAAGGAAUUUCCAGUGGAUGUCGAGGGUUCAAGAAGACUGAUAGAUGAACACACACAGCUCAAGAAGAAAGUAAUUAAAGCUCCAGUAGAAGAAUUGGACCGUGAGGGUCAGAGGUUAUUGCAAUGCAUAAGGUGUAGUGAUGGUUUUUCUGGGAGGAACUGCAUUCCUGGCAGUGCAGAUUUCCAAAGUCUUGUGCCAAAGAUCACCAGCCUUCUGGACAAACUGCAUUCAACACGGCAACACUUGCAUCAGAUGUGGCAUGUCCGCAAACUGAAACUAGACCAGUGCUUUCAACUUCGACUUUUUGAACAAGAUGCAGAAAAGAUGUUUGACUGGAUCAGCCACAACAAAGAGUUGUUCCUGCAGAGUCACACUGAAAUUGGGGUGAGCUACCAACAUGCUCUUGAUUUACAGACACAGCACAACCACUUUGCUAUGAAUUCCAUGAAUGCCUAUGUGAAUAUAAAUCGCAUCAUGUCAGUGGCAUCCAGGCUUUCAGAGGCUGGCCAUUAUGCAUCUCAACAAAUUAAACAGAUCUCUACCCAACUAGAUCAAGAGUGGAAGAGCUUUGCUGCAGCACUGGAUGAGCGCAGCACCAUUCUGGCCAUGUCUGCUGUGUUUCACCAGAAGGCUGAGCAGUUCCUGUCGGGUGUGGAUGCAUGGUGCAAAAUAUGCAGCGAGGGAGGCCUCCCAUCAGAAAUGCAAGACCUGGAAUUGGCCAUCCAUCAUCAUCAGUCCCUUUAUGAACAGGUCACCCAGGCCUACACGGAGGUAAGCCAGGAUGGAAAGGCUUUGCUGGAUGUCCUACAGCGUCCCUUGAGUCCUGGGAACUCAGAAUCUCUUACUGCCACAGCUAAUUAUUCCAAGGCUGUUCACCAAGUUUUGGAUGUAGUCCAUGAAGUCUUACAUCAUCAAAGGCGCUUGGAGAGCAUCUGGCAACACAGGAAGGUCCGGUUACAUCAGAGGCUUCAACUUUGUGUUUUCCAGCAAGAUGUUCAGCAGGUGCUGGACUGGAUUGAAAACCAUGGGGAAGCCUUUCUUAGUAAACACACUGGAGUGGGAAAGUCCCUUCAUAGGGCACGAGCUCUUCAGAAAAGACAUGACGAUUUUGAAGAAGUAGCACAGAAUACCUAUACUAAUGCAGACAAGCUACUGGAAGCUGCAGAGCAGUUGGCUCAGACUGGCGAAUGUGACCCUGAAGAGAUCUACAAAGCAGCACGGCACCUAGAAGUGCGGAUUCAGGACUUUGUCAGAAGAGUAGAACAGAGGAAGCUUCUUUUGGACAUGUCAGUCUCCUUCCACACUCAUACCAAAGAGCUGUGGACAUGGAUGGAAGACCUGCAGAAAGAGCUCUUGGAAGAUGUCUGUGCUGAUUCUGUGGAUGCUGUUCAAGAACUCAUUAAGCAGUUCCAGCAGCAGCAAACAGCUACUCUAGAUGCUACCCUCAAUGUCAUCAAGGAAGGUGAAGAUCUAAUCCAGCAGCUCAGGGAUUCAGCAGUCUCCAACAAUAAAACGCCACACAAUAGCUCCAUCAGCCACAUAGAGUCCGUCCUCCAGCAGCUUGAUGAAGCCCAGGUACAGAUGGAAGAGCUCUUCCACGAGAGAAAAAUUAAGCUAGACAUCUUCCUUCAGCUUCGGAUUUUUGAACAGUACACCAUUGAGGUGACAGCUGAGUUAGAUGCCUGGAAUGAGGACUUGCUAAGGCAAAUGAAUGAUUUCAAUACCGAGGACCUCACCCUAGCAGAGCAGCGUCUACAGCGACACACAGAGCGGAAGCUGGCUAUGAAUAACAUGACCUUUGAGGUCAUCCAACAAGGACAAGAUUUGCACCAGUACAUCAUGGAAGUCCAAGCUUCAGGCAUUGAACUGAUCUGUGAAAAGGACAUCGAUCUAGCAACACAAGUGCAAGAGCUGCUGGAAUUUCUUCAUGAGAAGCAGCAUGAGCUGGAGCUCAAUGCUGAUCAGACGCACAAGCGGCUGGAGCAGUGCCUUCAGCUCCGGCACCUGCAGGCAGAGGUCAAGCAGGUCCUUGGUUGGAUCCGGAAUGGAGAAUCAAUGCUCAAUGCCAGCCUUGUCAAUGCAAGCUCCCUGUCAGAAGCUGAGCAGCUCCAGAGAGAACAUGAGCAGUUCCAGCUGGCCAUAGAGUCCCUCUUUCAUGCCACUUCCUUGCAGAAGACACACCAGAGUGCUCUCCAGGUGCAGCAGAAGGCAGAGGUAUUGCUGCAGGCUGGGCACUAUGAUGCUGACGCCAUCAGAGAAUGCGCAGAGAAGGUGGCAUUGCACUGGCAGCAACUCAUGCUGAAGAUGGAGGACAGGCUGAAGCUGGUUAAUGCAUCCGUCGCUUUUUAUAAAACCUCAGAGCAGGUUUGCAGCGUGCUGGAGAGCUUGGAGCAGGAGUAUCGAAGAGAUGAAGACUGGUGUGGAGGCCGGGAUAAGCUUGGACCGGCAUCUGAAAUAGACCACGUCAUUCCCUUAAUCAGCAAACAUCUGGAACAGAAGGAAGCCUUUCUCAAGGCCUGUACACUAGCACGAAGGAAUGCAGAAGUGUUUCUCAAGUACAUUCACCGAAACAACGUCAGCAUGCCAGGGGUAGUGAGCCAUACGAGGGGACCUGAGCAACAAGUCAAAGCCAUUCUGAGCGAGCUGCUGCAGAGGGAGAACCGUGUUCUUCACUUCUGGACCUUGAAGAAACGGCGAUUGGAUCAGUGCCAGCAGUAUGUGGUCUUUGAACGCAGUGCUAAGCAGGCCUUAGACUGGAUUCAGGAUUCAGGAGAGUAUUAUCUUUCAACUCACAACUCCACAGGGGAAUCAGCAGAAGAGACAGAGGAACUUUUGAAAGAAUAUGGGGAAUUCAAAGUACCUGCAAAGCAAACCAAGGAGAAAGUGAAGCUUCUCAUUCAGCUGGCUGAUAGCUUUGUAGAGAAAGGACAUACUCAUGCCACUGAAAUUAGGAAAUGGGUUACCACCGUCGACAAACGCUAUCGGGACUUUUCACUGAGGAUGGGGAAAUACCGCUACUCUUUGGAAAAAGCUCUUGGAAUCAAUACAGAGGAUAACAAGGACCUGGAAUUGGACAUCAUUCCAGCGAGUCUGUCAGAUCGUGAGGUGAAGCUACGCGAUGCCAAUCAUGAGGCUAAUGAAGAAAAAAGGAAGUCAGCCAGAAAGAAAGAAUUCAUCAUGGCUGAACUGCUUCAGACUGAGAAGGCAUAUGUCAGGGAUUUGCAUGAAUGUUUAGAGACCUACCUUUGGGAAAUGACAAGUGGAGUGGAGGAGAUACCCCCAGGGAUUCUUAACAAAGAACACAUAAUCUUUGGCAACAUACAGGAGAUAUACGACUUUCAUAAUAACAUUUUUCUGAAAGAACUAGAAAAAUAUGAACAACUCCCUGAAGAUGUGGGUCAUUGUUUUGUCACCUGGGCGGAUAAAUUUCAGAUGUAUGUUACCUACUGCAAAAACAAGCCUGAUUCCAGCCAACUGAUCCUAGAGCAUGCAGGAACAUUCUUCGAUGAAAUUCAACAAAGGCAUGGUCUGGCCAACUCCAUUUCCUCAUACUUAAUCAAACCUGUCCAGAGGAUUACCAAGUAUCAACUUUUAUUGAAGGAGCUUUUAACAUGCUGUGAAGAAGGGAAGGGAGAACUUAAGGAUGGUUUGGAAGUGAUGCUCAGUGUCCCUAAGAAAGCCAAUGAUGCCAUGCAUGUCAGCAUGCUGGAAGGAUUUGAUGAAAACUUGGAUGUUCAGGGAGAACUGAUUCUUCAGGAUUCCUUCCAAGUAUGGGACCCCAAGUCUCUCAUCCGGAAGGGCCGCGAGAGACACUUGUUUCUCUUUGAAAUUUCUCUUAUUUUCAGCAAAGAGAUCAAAGAUUCUGCAGGACACACUAAAUAUGUUUACAAGAAUAAAUUACUGACCUCAGAACUGGGAGUGACAGAGCACGUAGAAGGAGAUCCCUGCAAGUUUGCCUUGUGGUCUGGACGGACUCCCUCUUCAGAUAAUAAAACAGUGCUGAAGGCAUCCAGUAUUGAAACAAAACAAGAAUGGAUAAAAAAUAUCCGGGAAGUGAUACAGGAACGGAUUAUACACGUAAAAGGAGCUUUGAAAGAGCCAAUACAGCUCCCCAAGACCCCAGCCAAGCAAAGAAACAACAGUAAGAGAGAGGGAGGAGAAGAUGCCGACAGCCAAGGAGAUGGGAGCAGUCAGCCUGACACAAUUUCAAUUGCAUCCAGGACUUCUCAGAAUACAGUGGACAGUGACAAGCUGUCUGGAGGAUGUGAACUAACUGUAGUGCUACAAGACUUUAUUGCCAACCACAGUAGUGAGCUGAGUAUCCAGGUGGGACAAACUGUGGAGUUACUAGAAAGGCCAAGUGAAAGGCCAGGCUGGUGUUUGGUACGGACAACAGAGCGGAGUCCACCUCAGGAAGGCCUGGUGCCCAGCAGUGCACUUUGCAUUUCCCAUUCUCGGAGCAGUGUGGAGAUGGACUGCUUCUUCCCCUCAGGAAAAGAUUCCUAUUCAGCCUCCUCCAAUGAAAAUGGCGGGAAAUCGGAAUCAGUGGCCACUUUGCAGCCUCAGUCAUCCCUCAAUUCCAUCCAGAGCUCCCCUGGUCCAAAGCGCUCGACCAACACACUGAAAAAAUGGCUCACGAGCCCUGUACGCCGACUGAACAGUGGGAAGGCAGACAGUAACAUCAAAAAACAGAAAAAAGUGCGUGAAGGAAGGAAGAGCUUUGAUCUGGGAUCCCCCAAGCCUGGAGAUGAGACCACACCUCAGGGAGACAGUGCAGAUGAGAAGAGCAAGAAAGGUUGGGGCGAAGAUGAACCAGAUGAAGAAUCUCAUACACCACUCCCUCCUCCAAUGAAGAUUUUUGAUAAUGACCCCACGCAGGAUGAGAUGACACUAGAAGGAGGCUCUUACCGAGGAAGCUUAAAAGAUACCACUGGAUGCUUGAAUGAAAAUGUGACACCUUCAACUCCUCCUCCUUCAAGAAACCUUGAAGAGGAACAAAAAGCCAAAGCUAUGAGAGGCAGGGCGUUUGUUCUAAAUGAACUGGUACAGACGGAGAAAGACUAUGUGAAAGAUUUAGGAACUGUGGUGGAGGGAUUCAUGCAAAGAAUAGAAGAAAAAGGUGUUCCCGAAGACAUGAAAGGGAAAGACAAGAUUGUAUUUGGAAACAUUCACCAGAUCUAUGACUGGCAUAAAGAUUUUUUUCUUGCUGAACUGGAAAAGUGCCUUCAGGAGCAUGACCGUUUAGCACAGCUCUUCAUCAAGCAUGAGAGACGAUUACACAUGUAUGUGGUGUACUGUCAAAACAAACCAAAAUCUGAAUAUAUAGUAGCGGAAUGUGGUGCAUAUUUUGAGGAGGUGCAACAAGAAAUAAACCAGCGGCUAACUCUUAGUGACUUCUUAAUCAAACCCAUUCAAAGAAUAACCAAGUACCAGUUGCUACUCAAGGAUUUCCUAAAAUUCAGUGAAAAGGCUGGACUUGAAUGUUCAGAGACAGAGAAAGCUGUGGAAUUGAUGUGCCUUGUUCCUAAACGCUGCAAUGACAUGAUGAACCUGGGCCGUCUUCAGGGCUUUGAGGGCAAGCUGGCAGCCCAGGGGAAGUUGCUGCAGCAGGAUACAUUCUAUGUAACAGAGCAGGAUUCUGGAGGGCUGUCUCGGCCGAAGGAACGCAGAGUUUUCCUCUUUGAGCAAAUAGUCAUCUUUAGUGAACUUCUUCGGAAAGGCUCUCUAACACCUGGCUAUCUGUUCAAACGGAGCAUAAAAAUGACAUACCUAAUCCUUGAGGAGAAUGUGGACAAUGAUCCCUGCAAAUUUGCGCUCAUGAGUCGGGAAACAUCAGAAAGGCUCAUCUUGCAGGCAGCCAAUCCUGAAAUCCAGCAAGCUUGGAUACAGGAUAUCAAUCAAGUGUUGGACACACAGAGGGACUUCUUAAACGCACUACAGUCUCCCAUAGAGUACCAGCGCAAAGAAAGCAGUACCUCAGCUGUAAUGAGACCCCAGACCAGCAGGGUACCUCAGCCCAUCACCAGACCCUAUUCCUCAGGUCCAGUGGGGUCUGAUAAACCUUUGAAGGCUACAAUACGUAACCCAUCUCUUCCACCUCUGAAGAUAUCUACCUCCAAUGGCAGCACAGGGCAUGAACAGCACCAGCCAGGGGACAAAUAUGAGCCAAGCAAGAAUGACUUGGGUGGGUGCAAUGGGACCUCUUCUAUGGUGGUCAUCAAAGAUUACUAUGCACUGAAGGAGAAUGAAAUCUGUGUCAACCAGGGUGAGGUGGUCCAAGUACUUGCCAUUAACCAGCAGAACAUGUUCCUUGUGUACCAGCCUGCCAAUGACCAUUCACCAGCAGCAGAAGGAUGGAUCCCAGGGAAUAUCUUGGCUCCCCUCACUAAAUCAACUACAGAUAAUAGCGACGGAAGCAUAAAGAAGUCAUGUUCAUGGCAUACCCUGCGCAUGAGAAAGCGGGCGGAAAAGGAAAGCAGUGGCAAAACUGAAGCUAAUGGCCUACGUAAAUCCAAGGAUAUUCUGGGCAACAAAGUCUCUGUUAAAAUCAUCAACCCAAACUUCAUCCAGGAAGUUGCUCCAGAGUUUCUCGUGCCCUUAGUGGAUAUAACGUGCUUGCUUGGGGACACUGUCAUGUUACAGUGUAAAGUCUGUGGACGGCCAAAGCCAACCCUCACCUGGAAAGGGCCGGAUCAAAACAUUAUUGACAACGACAACAGCACACCUGCAUAUACUAUUUCCUCCUGUGAGUCAGGUGAAAUCACCCUGAAAAUCUGUAACGUGAUGCCUCAAGACAGUGGUAUUUACACUUGUGUGGCGACAAAUGAACUUGGGGCAGCAUCCACCUCAGCUACCAUCAAAGUGCAAGGUGUCCCUGCAGCCCCGAAUCGCCCUAUUGCUCAGGAAAGAAGCUGCACCUCUGUGAUUCUUCGCUGGCUGCCUCCAUCCAGUACAGGGAACUGCACCAUUUCAGGUUACACUGUGGAGUACAGAGAAGAAGGUUCACAGAUCUGGCAACAGUCUGUUGCCUCAACUUUGGACACCUACCUCGUCAUUGAAGAUCUCACACCUGGCUGCCAAUAUCAGUUUCGAGUCAGUGCCAGCAAUCCCUGGGGAAUUAGCUUACCAAGUGAGGCCUCUGAGUUUGUGAAACUUCCUGAAUAUGACUCUGCGGCAGAUGGAGCCACCAUUUCCUGGAAAGAGAACUUUGAUUUUGCCUACACAGAACUGAAUGAGAUUGGAAGGGGCCGAUUUGCGGUUGUAAAGAAAUGCAUCCACAAAGCCACCAGGAAAGAUGUUGCUGUGAAGUUCAUUAAUAAAAAAAUGAAGAAGAAAGAGCAGGCAGCACAUGAGGCCGCCAUGUUGCAGCAUUUGCAACAUCCUCAGUAUAUCACUAUUCAUGACACUUAUGAGUCACCUUCCUCCUAUAUCUUAGUCUUAGAACUGAUGGAUGAUGGCCGUCUCUUGGACUACCUUAUGAAUCAUGAUGAACUGAUGGAGGACAAAGUUGCCUUUUACAUAAGAGACACAAUGGAAGCCUUACAGUACCUUCACAAUUGUCGAGUUGCUCAUUUGGAUAUAAAGCCAGAAAAUUUGCUCAUUGACUUGCGGAUCCCAGUGCCUCGCGUUAAGUUAAUAGACCUAGAAGAUGCUGUUCAAAUCACAGGCCAUUACCAUAUUCAUCACCUCCUUGGAAAUCCUGAAUUUGCUGCUCCAGAAGUUCUCCAAGGUGCUCCUGUUUCCCUGGGCACCGAUAUCUGGAGUCUAGGAGUGCUCACCUAUGUCAUGUUAAGUGGUGUAUCUCCCUUUCUGGAUGAAAGUAGAGAAGAGACUUGUAUCAAUGUGUGCCGAGUGGAUUUCAGCUUCCCGAGUGAGUAUUUCUGUGAUGUGAGCCAUGCUGCAAGAGACUUCAUCACUGUAAUCCUUCAGGAAGACUUCCGGAGGAGACCGACAGCAGCCACUUGCUUGCAGCAUCCUUGGCUACAGUUUCACAAUGGCAGCUAUUCCAAAAUCCCGCUGGAUACCUCACGCCUAGCCAGCUUCAUUGAGCGCCGCAAACACCAGUUUGAUGUGCGCCCAGUUCCCAAUGUUAAGAGCUUCAUAAUGAGCAGGAUGAACCUAGGAACGUAAUGCAAUAUAACUACUUUGACUUUGACACUGAAGAGCUAUAGGGUAUGAAGAGAGAAAGCAGACAAUCUCUCUUUCUCUCUCUCUCUCUCUGUAUAAAGUAUUAUAUUUGAUGUGAUGUCCAAGAAUGUGUAUGUGCUGUUCCAGCCAUUGCAUUAUCCAACUAGUUAGAAUUCAGUGCUUUCAGAUGUUGCAUAUGCAACUUCUUGGGUGGCUUAUUCUUGUAAUGCUGUGGUCAUGUUAAAUACAGAUGAAUGUUAAAAAGUACAUCGGUUGAGAACGGGAACCAAAACACUGUUGCCUUGCUUUUGAAAGGCAGCCUUUUAAAAGACCUGGACAGCCUUGCUGAUCUUAUUAAAAUUUAAAUUAUGUAUUGGAAAGAAAUUAGUCUGACCCUCUUGCAAUCAGCGUUCCUUGAAAAACAGACUGGAUGGAUAGAUUUCAGAUUUUUCAGAAAUUGUUGUUCAAGUCCUAACAAAGGGCAGAUCUAUCUUACAAGACAGACUUCACUCAUCUACAGUCAGAAUUAACCUUGCCGGAGGAUAGCCCUUGGGCUAUCAUAAAUUCAAGUUUGUCAGCGAUAUGACUUAAGUAUACUGUAUCAACAUCAAGAUAUACCUUUGCCAAUAAGUCCUCUCUGUAUUCUACGGGAUCCUGUCUUUGAAAGUUAACAGUCAACAUUACCAUAAAGUAGUAAUAUGCUACUGCUGAGAUGGUAAAUCCACUGGAACAAAAAAUGUUUUGAUGAAGCACAAUGGGACAAUUUUCUACUAAUUUUUUAUAUCUCUUGUACAGAAAUCUUUUGCAAAACCUGUGCGUUGAGAAAAGGCUAUGUUAAAAUAAUUGCUGUGUCUGUAAACUAGAUGUCCAAGAUUUUUCCUAUUGCAGGAUAUUUGUUGAAUUCUCAUAUAGCCUGUAACAUGAAAAGGAUCUCAUUCCUUUUCAGUUUUAAACAUUGCUCAGUUGUGAAAUCAAUCCAAAGUUGGCCGAAGUGUGGUAAACAUAGUGGAUCCAUUCUUCUGCUUAUGGCUUCAAAAUUGGUCUGUAAGACUGGUAGUUUACAUUUGUACAUAUGCAUCUAUCUCCAUAGCCCCAUUGUCCAAAUAUCUAUGCUGGUAUUUUCAUUCAAUCCUAAAGUCUGGUGUGGAAUAACUCAAAAGGAUUAUUAAUAUUAAAAUUGCAAUAGUUCAUUCUCAUUAACUAAACACUUAGCAGCAUAAUAGUUUCCUAUAAAUCAUUGAACAAUUUUAAGUGGCUUUGGAAGAAUAAUUCCAAAUUAAAUUAAUAUUGUAUUGUCAUUGUUGGAACUAGUCCAGCGGUUUUACACCAAGGGUACUUUUGUACAAAGAAGUUGAAUCAGUCGACUGUUCGUCAUGCCUAUUUCCCCCCUCUUCCUCAACAACUACAGUUCUAUAAAACCUGCUAUGUGGUGAUAGACCUAGUACCUUGCAGGGACAUGGUGGUAUCUUCUUCCUACAUGGGGGGAGAGAGAGAGAGAGAGAGAGAGAGAGAUCUCCCACUUUGCCUGGUCAUUUGGGAUCCACUUGUUGGGGCACAAGGUAUCAAUGCACAAGUCGCUAGCACAUCCUAUAACCACUUGUGUUGUAAGCACCUACCAUAAGCGCUCUGACAUACUACCUACACAGUCUUUUUUCCAUAAUAAAAUCCUGCUGGGUGAAGCACAGGAAGGAUGUUUGCUAUUACAGACAGCAAGCACUUUUAUCUGAGGCUGCAUUAUAACUAAGACUUGAAUAGAAAGUCAAGAAAGGAAACAACAGAGAGGCAUGCUGGGAGUUGUAGGUCUUUUUCUGUCUAAACAUGCAUAGGAUGGCACCUUUGAGAAUAUAGAAAGCUGCCUUAUACUGAGGACUUCUCUAGCAAAAAAUCCCAUAGCCUUACCAAGGCUCUCUCUUUUGGAGUCUUCACACUUUAACGAUGGGCAAAAUACACACACCCGCCCCAUGACUGGUUCCCUCCCAUGUGUUACAUUGGUAAUGCCAGCAGAGAGCACUGUUUUAUCACUCGAUUUAGGUUUAUUACCACAUUUUUGGUGAGUUUGGCAGAUUAUCCGUUGAAAACAACAGAACCUUCUGCAUGCAAAGUAUGUCCUCUACUACUGAGCUACCGUUUCUGUGGGUCUGUGGUCAUUUAUACCAACAAAAGAGGAAGCCCCCAAGGGGUACUGGAAACCUGUAGUUUAUUGUGCAGAAUGUGUUCAAUGGCCUGUUUCAGAUUUAACAAUCCCAGUCAAUAACCCAUGGCUUAUUGCACCAGGCUCCUGGUUUGAUAUCUUGGCUUGUAGACAGCCUUAACCAAAGUUUCUUAGUUCAGAUGUCACGAGGAAUUGUUCUUUACAAAAGCAGGAAAUGAAGAGCAGAGAUUGUUAUGGUUGAACUGGGCAUUUUACUUCAUUGCAAAAGUUACAUAUUCCCAGUGCUUCUUGUAGGCUUUCUCUCUUCUUGUUUUUACUUUGCACCCUCUUUCCUUCUGUAGCCAAUAGAAGCCACAGCUUUUAUAAGCCCCAAGUAACGUUUAAACAGUAAUCAUCCUGACUCAAAUUAAUACAUGUUUUCGUUUCCCUGUUUUUUAAAACUAUUUUCCCCACCCCCUUUUCCCCAUUGAACUUGUAUUGCCAGAUCAGGAGCUGUAAAUGCUUUUAGUACUGUGGGAAAGGCAAAAAUGACGAACACAUUAUUGGAAGUUUGUUUCUUUCCUUACCAGACAAGAAGUAAUCAAUAAAGGAGCAGGUAUAGGAAAGAGAAUUUAUUUCAGAUUAUUUGGCUAGAAAAUACGGUUUAACAAAGCAGGGUGUCUCUCCUUAGGAAAAGAAACCGAAGUCCUUUCCUUUAAACUUCUCAAUGAGCAAUGUUUUCCCCGUUACCUAUUAUUUUACUCAAGAAACUUGUGUCAAGCUUUUGAAUAUCAUGGCAAGGAUCAUAUAAACCACUGACGUUAUAGUAAGGAUAGGAUAGGAUCAAAUCCUUAGGUUGCUUUUAGUUGUCACAAUUUCCUCAAGGCACCGACAAUCAUGCAGAGGCCAGACAUGGGGGCUCAGGGAAAAACAAUGGCCAAGAUCCAAGUAAAGUUAGUUGUGACUGAACUCCACUGAAAUGCAACUUAAAUCCUAUUGCUUUUAAUGAGACCUAAGCUGAAAUCCUAUGCAUAUUUACUGAGGAGUAAACUCAAAUGUAUAGCCUUUGAAAUGAAGAAUACAGAAUAAGCUUUGAUGUGGUCGCACAGCAUGUCUUGGAUCACUUUAGCUGGACUGAGAUCAAUGUAAGUAAAUCAUUACAACUUUUAAAUAUCAUAUGAUAAAAGAGAGAUGGAUCUUUGUCAUAUUAACUUGCUCCUUUUAGCUGUGAAAGCCUUCUUACAUUUCACUCUGUCCGAUGUAUACAAGGAAGAGUUAAUCAACCUUUGUGCACCUGUUUUUGGUCCUUUCUUUGUGAUCCUUAAGAAAUGCAAAAUGUAUUCUAGGCUAACUCUCAUUGAGGUAUUUCUACAAAAUAAAUUUCUUUGGUACACUGUAUUACUAUAAAAUAAUGACCAGGGGAAACAAAUAUUUGAAUCUCUACUGCAAGCAAAUGGAUAGAAUUUGAGACAACCAUUGGGUACAUCGCUGCUGUUUUGCCAUGGAAUAAACCUAAGUCUGAAGGUGUUUUCUCAGGCACAAAGCUGUUUUUGCGUCAAAGGGCUUUGCAAUGUGAAUGUAAAACCUACACUGUCCAGAAUAUUCAUUUGCAUUACAAAUGCUUCUCUUCUGCAUUAACAGUGAUCAUUUGAUAACAUGAAAGAGUAAUUUGAGCCUCGUAUGAAAAUGCCUGAAAUACUGUUUUUUGUGUUAAUAUUUUUAGGGCACAGUCCUAUGCAUUUUUAGACAGAAAUAAGUCCUAGAAUUCUCAGCAUUCCUCAGCCAAUCAUGUUGACUGGGUAAUGCUGGGAGUUGUAGAACUUUUUUCUGUCUAAACAUGCAUAGGAUGUGCCCUUAAUGAAGAAACUUAAGACUGGCUGCACAUUUCAAUGUUUGCGUGGCCCUCACUGAAUUUGUGAGAUGUGUCUGAUGCAGAUGCAUGUUCCAUUUGGGACCACGAGUUGCAAGUAACAAAGUGUGACUAGCACUUGUUUGGGGCAACUGGUUUGUAAUUAGGAAUUUCUAUACGUAAUCUGAUUUUUGAGUGCCAUUUCAUGGACAGCCUUUUUCCCCCAUCCAUUUAUAGAUGGGAUCUGGUUUAUCGCCCAUUCUGAUUGUUUAUGAUUCAUCAGGAAAUGGUGCUUUCCUAAGGAAAUAAUAUAUUAUCCCUUUCAUACAUUUGCCGUCAAAUAUCAAAUCGCUAUUCUGGAAUAAUUUUACUGGUGACUGUUAACUUGAUGUCAGGAUUCUGUCAUUUGUGGGUUUAUACUUUGAAGCUGGUAGAAACAAGCAUUUUAAGCCAUAUCUUGUCUUCAUGCCCUAUUUUUCAGUGCUGGUGCUUUUACUUCUCUUUCUAGCAAACUGUUCUGUUUGCUUUUUCUCACAGGUUACUCCACUGUAAUUCUUCUACUGAAAAUAAGGUCUGACAUGCAAAGGACAGAGCAGACAACUACAAAUACACCUUUUAGGCUGCAGUCCUAUGGAAACUUACCUGGGAGUAGGUCCCAUUGAAUGCAAAGGGGUUGACUUCUGAGUAGAAAUGUAUGAUGGCACUGUUUGCAUCCUAACUCAUAAGCAAGUCUCCUUGAACUCAAUGGGACUUACUUCUGAGUAAACAUGUACAGGACUGUGCGGUUAAAAUACUUGCAAUUAUUAUGUGAUUAGUGGUGGUGAUGGGGACUAGAUUAUCAAGAGGGGGCUCAUUGCUGGAGAUGUUUAAACAGUGGCUGCACAGCCACUUGUCAAGGAUGCUUGUAGUUGCAGGAUUCCUGUACUGAGCAGGGGGUUGGACCAGACAACCUCCAAGGUUCCUUCCAACAUUAGAAUUCCACGAUUCUAAGAGCCUCACAUUUUUUAAGGUGCAAACGAAUUCCAAAGCCUUAAAGAUUUUCAGUCUUUUGCUGGUCUGCCUUAAGUGUUAUUAUCUCAUUUUAUUGUUGAUUUCAUUUUAUAUUCAUAUGUGUUUUCUAAAGAUACAUUUUGUAAAUAUUUUAUUUAUACUUCUGACCCUUCAUGUGUAAUGUUGUAAAGUGAUUUCCUGCUCUUAACAUGUUCUUAUUCUUUGGCAGAAUAUGUCACCUACUGAUGUAAAAUCUACAUUUGAGGUGACUGCCUUCCUUAUAAAUACAAUAUACAAAAGAU